AUGGAGCACAAUGCACCUGACCUCGUGGUACUCUGUAUCGAAUACCCUGAGCUUUACAACGUGGCUUCUGGUCGUAUUCAAGACAACAAGGAACUCUGUCACGGUGUCAAGGUCCAGGUGAAACAGUGUAAAUACAACGAGGCACCUGAACAGCUAAAAACCGGUGGCUCCAAGCUCAUCUGCACCGUUUCCGACCAUAGCGACGAGGUGUCGCUCAUCUUCAACGAGGACGAACCCGAUCAAAAGACAAAAGAGGGGCGAAAACCAGCAUCGCUUCCUCAAUCUGCCACUGCCACGUAUAAAGUAAUUAGAGAACAACUCGGCAACGGAGACUUUGUUGACGAAAGAACUAUAAAAGACACUGCAAAGAAGACAUACGAUGACAAGGUCGCUAAGGAGACCGGAAUCACAGGCAUUUUCGAAGCCGCCAAGAGCAGCAACUCUGUCAUCAUUCAAGCGCCUCGCCUCUCGAUGAACCUCGUUUUUGAGCUUGUCCUAAAAUUAGCCCAGGGCAUGUCGCCUGAUCUCGUUUUGCAACGCGAGGCGUUUCAAACUGUUGAGGACCCAUCAAGACAUAUUACUAUUGACGGUGCGUUUACGUAUGUAUGCACCAUGAAAAGAUCCGAAAUCAAGGCAUGUGCAUGCGCUGAGAGCGGCCGGGUGUGCGGAAUUCCAACCGAAAACAAAUCCAAGGCCAAGAUUAUCGAGGACAGAGUACAAAAGAAGCAAACCGGGGUCGUGUUCCCGAGGUUCAAGACACCGGAAACCCAUGGUGCGCAGCCGUACAACGAGUCUGGUCUGGUGGCCGGCUUCUUCCGCGCUCAUAACGCGCUCGAAAAACUAUGCCCGGCGCAGGCUUACGGCUACGCUCCCUGGUGCAAGUCCAUGUCUGUCGGCAGUGAGAACUUUAUCUGGAAUGAAGAGGAGAAGCCACUCAUGGACCUGGCCAUUGUCGUUGUGCGCGGCGGCAAUGCCCAGGUUUGCAAGCUCACGAGAGGCAUCACUGUGCAGGAAGCCUAUGUACGUCGCGCACGCACCUUUGGUACCUUUGACUAUAAAGGGCAACAAGGCAAGGUGACGGUGGGCGCCGUCAUCGCCGCCCACACCGGCUACUCUGGAGACAACUGGCAUUUCGAUAUUGCCGGGGUGGACCGCUAUGAUCUCAUUGACGAGGCAGUGGCCGAGGCAUUGGAAGAGUUUUACCAAAAGUCUGUCUCGUCAAAGAGAGAGGAGGAUGUGACGAAGCUUGCGUUUGAUAUUCAGAUCAAUUUAUCCCCGGUUUACGAGACUGACGGAAAGCCUGCAAAGAGGGCCUUGAACGCGAUCAUGAAAGCUAUGGACGUUGAAAAAAAGAAUAUUAUAGAGUGA